AUGGUCGGCGGUUCGGGCGGUUCGAGCGACCAGCGGAAGAUCAGAAGCUUAGAUCCGUCUGACGAUGAAAGCGACAUUCACGAAAGCCGUCACGAGCUCCAUCGCAACAGCCACGAGAGCCGCUCCGAGAUAUGGCGGAAUCACGAGAGGACGAUCGACGUGGGAGGCGGGGAAGUGGCGGACGUGCGGCGAGCGCCGGAAGAGGACGCGGCGGGCGUGUUUGCGGGGGAGCAGGGGAGCGCGGGAGGCGGAAGGUGGGGGGAAGCAGGCGGGGAUGCAGCGCGGCGGUCAGCGCUGCUGGAGCAGAUGCUGUCCGCCAAUCCGCGCCUCUCCGCCUUCGCGCAGGGCUCCGACCCAGCUCCUGAACCCCCCCCGGAACCGUCC